AUGACAGCUGCAAUCCGCAACUUGCGGAAUAAUCCUCACCUCCUAUUCGUUCGGCUUCCAAAUCUUCUCUCUUUCUUGUGCGUCGUUGUCGGUGUCGUCUGGCUACUUCUCCUGCCUCUGAACGAAUACUCCCGAGGAACCUACAUCUCCGAGAAUGCGCUCCUGCCGGGUCAAGUCCAUGCGUAUUUCUCGGGAAGCGAACAGAAUAUCUUCCGAGGAUACAAGAAUGAACUGGAAGGAUUGUUGAAUGAAGGACAGGCGAGAGGAGGCCAAAAAGACGAGGCGGAAGUGACAACAACGGUCUCGAAGAAGUUGCAGUCGAUCUUGCAAGCGGCAGGCCUCAAAGUUGCCACGCAGAAAUACGAAUAUACCUCCGCUGGAAUUACGCAUGAGGGGGAGAACACCUAUGCUAUCAUCCAUGCGCCGCGUGGUGAUGCCACGGAGGCGAUCGUGCUGGUCGCACCAUGGAUAACGGCCGAUGAUAAGUUGAACUUGAACGGUGUUACUCUUGCUUUAACAUUAGCGAGAUAUUUCAAGAGAUGGUCACUAUGGUCCAAGGAUAUCAUCUUCCUAAUUACCCCCGACAGCAAGACCGGAACUCAGGCUUGGAUCGAUGCCUAUCAUGAUAUGCAUCCUGCUUCCGUGCAGCCGCUCCCUUUGAAGAGUGGAGCAUUGCAAGGAGCAUUGGUGAUUGAAUAUCCACUCGACCACCGGUUCAAGUCACUUCAUAUCGUAUAUGACGGAGUUAAUGGUCAACUGCCCAACCUGGAUCUGUUCAACACGGCUGUGGCUAUUGCAGGCGGCCAGAUGGGCAUCGGGGCCAACCUGCAGGAAAUGUGGGGUCACGAUGACAGCUACGAACAUCGUCUGCAGACCAUGUUCCGCGGUAUGACCAAGCAAGGCCUUGGAUAUGCCACCGGCGCACACAGCAGCUUCAUGCCAUACCACAUCGACGCUAUCACCUUGCAGACCAAGGGCGAGGGAUGGGAGGAUGAAAUGGCUCUCGGCCGCACGAUCGAGUCUCUUUGCCGCAGUUUGAACAACUUGCUCGAGCACCUGCACCAGAGCUUCUUCUUCUACUUGCUUAUGCAGUCCAACCGCUUCGUUAGCAUUGGAACUUAUUUGCCCAGUGCUAUGCUGAUCGCUGGAAACUUCACCAUCAUGGCAAUUGCUCUGUGGAUGCGCACUGGGUACUACCCAGAAAACAAGCCAACUGCUAAACCCAAGGCUGAGAAGGCAUCCGCCGAAGACAAGAACAAGACGAGUAGCAUCGCAGAACGCAAUUUGGCUCUGCCACUUUCGCUUGUUCUUGGGCUCCAUCUACUCGGUCUUGUACCACUUUGGGUUUUUAAUAAUAUCUUCCAUCAGUAUUUCACAACUACGACUUACAUUUUCGUGGUUGUGGAUAUCAUCCUCCCCCUCCUUCUCGCUGCAAUUCUUGCCCACGGCCUAGGUGUCUCAAAACCAAUCAUCCCCCAACAGUACCACCUCAUCAAAUCCUUCUCCCUUCUCCUUCUAGGCCUUUCCCUCUCAACCCUCGCCACCCUCAACUUCUCCCUUUCAUUCAUGAUCGGUCUCCUCUGCGCGCCACUCAGUUUCAUCACCCGCCUACAGGGCUCCGCGCCAUUCCGCUUAGCAACUUCCAGUCUUGGCCUGGUGUUUCUCAACCUCCUCUCCCCACCAACUGUCCUCCUUGGCGUCUGCUGGUAUAUGGGCGUCUCUGUCGAGACUGCUCUCACUCAGGCCGCUUUCGGGUGGGAUGUCUGGGGUGUGUGGACUCAGGUCGUCGUUUGGUGUGUGUGGUGGCCUGCUUGGUUGAUUGGUUGUGUUGUACUAGGCGCCUCUAUCUUCUGA